AGGCGUGUAAACAAUUAAGUUUUCGAUAAGACAUUCUUCAAACCAGAUAUCGCCGAACAGUGCAGAGUAUAUAAAAAGAUUUUCAACUGACAAUUAUAUUUAAUAUUCUUAAAAACUUUGAAAGAAAACGAUGUCUUCAAACGACUUUUAUGAAAUUGAAAAUUUAACCGAUUUAAUUUGCGAGAAGAAUGGAGGAAAAAUCGUAUUUGCAACUGACGAUUGGUUUGCACCGGCUGAAAAUCUUUUAUUGAAUGAAGAUCCAGUUUUUAAAGUUGGCGUUUUUACAACUUACGGGAAAUGGAUGGACGGGUGGGAAACUCGAAGAAAACGUAAACCCGGCCAUGAUUGGUGCGUUAUUAAAUUAGGACUUCCAGGUGUUAUUAGAGGCGUGGAAGUUGAUACUGCUUUCUUCACGGGAAAUUAUGCACCACAAUUUUCAGUUCAAGCAGCUAAUUUAACAUUAGAAGAAGUAAAAAAGUUUCCUUCAAGACCUCUAAAUUCCAUUGGUACAGAAUGUAGUCAAAAACAUUUAGAUCAAAUCAAUCAACUCCACACAGACGAUUGGACUGAAAUUAUUCCAAUGACACCAUUAAAUCCUGGUUAUUUAGAAUCUCGCCACAACUUUUUUAAAGUUGACACCAAAAAAUGUUUCACCCAUAUCCGAUUAAACAUGUUUCCGGAUGGUGGAAUAGCAAGAUUAAGAGUUUACGGUGAUGUUCAUUACACAAUAGACAUGAAUAAAAAAGAAGAAAUCGAUUUGAUCGCUUUAAAAAACGGAGGUUAUUGCCAUAGUUAUUCGAACGCUCAUUAUGGACAUCCAAAAAAUUUAAUUCGCCCCGGAAGGGGUAAAGACAUGGGAGACGGCUGGGAAACGGCAAGAAGAGCUGAUCGUCCUCCAAUUUUAAAAAUCGACGAAAACAACAUUUUAAAAGUACCCGGAAAUGAAUGGGCGAUACUCGGUUUGGGUUGUGUCGGAAAAAUUGAACGAAUAGAAAUUGAUACAGCACAUUUUAAAGGAAAUUAUCCGGAUUGUGUUAAGAUUGAAGGAGGAAUUUUAAAUAGUGAUGAAUUUGAAUGGAAAACGGUUUUACCAAGUUCAAAAUUAUCGGCACAUAAAAUCCAUCAAUUUGGGAAUAUUGAUAUUUUAAACAACGAAAGUCCAUUUACGCAUGUUAAAAUAAUUAUAUCUCCAGAUGGUGGAUUAAGUCGUGUUAGAAUAUUUGGGAAACCAAUAAGUAAUUUAUUAGGAGUAUAUUAAAUAAAGUUUUUGUAGUUUUA